CAUUCUUAGCUUUGCAAACAAUAAAAAUAUCAACCACAUAAGCUAUAUCAAAUAAAGCAACAAGGAUAAGUAUUGCGACUAAGCAACAACAGCAACAAGCGAGAAGAGCAUUCAGAAUAAAGUCGGGAACGAGAACAAUAAGAUCAACAAAUAAAAAGAUGGGAAGUCUGUCGGUAUCGCGUAUCAAGCGAGAGCUGAAAGAAAUCAUGCGAAGAGAUGAGAUCAUUCAGGGUCUUAUCAAGAUCGAGGUUCUAGACGAUAACUUUAUGGAGUUGAGGGGCGAGAUUUCAGGACCUGAGGAUACGCCUUACGAGGGCGGUAAGUUUUCGCUGGAUAUAAAAGUGCCCGUGGGAUAUCCAUUCAAUCCACCGACGGUACGUUUUACGACCCGAAUUUGGCAUCCGAAUGUCUGCUACAUGACGGGGUCCAUCUGCAAUGACAUACUGAUGAACAAUUGGGCAGCAGCGAUGACAAUUCCCUCGGUGUUGCUCUCUCUGCAGGGCUUAAUGUCCGUUCCAGAGCCAGAUGAGCCCCAAAAUAUCGUCGUUGGCUUUCAGUAUAAGGAGGAACAUGAUAUGUUCCUUAUAACGGCCAAGCAUUGGACUAAUGUCUAUGCAGGUGGACCGUUCCACUUUCCCGAAUGCGACACGAAGAUACAGCAUCUCGUGAAUAUGGGUGUUGAUGAGAACGAAGCACGUAUUAUACUCUCCAAAAGGAGUUGGGAUAUGCAAAAUACCACUGAGCAUCUCUUCACCUAGUUUCGCAGUAACGGAAGGAAUCAGGAACCACUAUAAAAUUGAGACAGCCUCAGAGAGACGAUUA